UAGACUUCUGCCCAGCUGUCAGUUGUGAUCCCAGCUAAGCUCAUGCAUGUUUACCUUAAAUAUUAAGCUUGAUCAGGCUCUCGUUGGACAGGUGGGAAUAUCUUGAACUGUUAGCGAAAGCAUGGACAGCCAAGGGAGGAAGGUGGUGGUUUGUGACAAUGGGACAGGGGUGAUUUGUCAAGUGUGGCUUUGCUGGGUCCAACUUCCCCGAGCACAUUUUCCCAGCCAUGGUGGGACGGCCAAUCAUCCGGUCAACCACCAAAGUGGGCAACAUUGAGAUUAAGGACCUGAUGGUUGGGGAUGAAGCCAGCAAGUGCCGCUCCAUGCUGGAGGUGUCCUACCCCAUGGAGAACGGCAUGGUGCGAUGCUGGGAAGACAUGCUGCACCUGUGGGACUACACCUUUGGCCCACAGCGUCUCAACAUCAGCCCAUCAGAAUGCAAGAUCUUGCUGACUGAGCCACCCAUGAACCCCACCAAAAACCGAGAGAAAAUCGCUGAGGUGAUGUUUGAAAAGUACCAGUUUCAUGGGAUCUAUGUGGCGAUUCAGGCCGUGCUCACACUCUACGCCCAGGGUUUGCUUACAGGGGUGGUUGUAGACUCGGGAGACGGCGUCACCCACAUCUGUCCAGUUUACGAAGGCUACUCUCUACCCCACCUCACGCGUAGGUUGGACAUUGCAGGACGAGACAUCACGCGCUACCUCAUUAAGCUCCUCCUGCUGCGUGGCUAUGUCUUCAAUCACACGGCUGACUUUGAGACGGUGCGGAUGUUGAAGGAGAAGCUCUGCUACGUUGGAUACAACAUUGAACAAGAGCAGCGCCUGGCCUUGGAGACCACCUUCCUGGUAGAGUCCUAUACGCUCCCCGAUGGCCGGCAGAUAAACGUAGGUGGAGAGCGAUUUGGGGCUCCAGAAGCUCUUUUCCAGCCUCACCUCAUCAACGUGGAAGGAGCCGGCAUGGCUGAGCUGCUCUUCAAUACCAUCCAGGCUGCAGACAUUGAUCUUAGGGCUGACUUCUACAAGCACAUUGUCCUGUCAGGAGGGACCACCAUGUAUCCCGGCCUUCCCUCCAGGCUGGAAAGAGAGAUCAAGCAACUCUAUCUGGAGAGGGUGCUUGAUGGAGACACAGAGAAGCUAUCAAAAUUCAAGAUCCGAAUCGAGGACCCGCCCAGACGCAAGCACAUGGUGUUCCUGGGCGGAGCAGUGCUGGCCAACAUCAUGAAAGACAAGGACUCCUUCUGGCUCAGCCUGGAGGAGUACAGGGAGAAGGGCCUGGCCGUGCUGCAAAAGCUGGGAGGAGGAAUCCGAUGAAACAAUUACAACAGAAAAGACAGAGAGAAACCAACGUAUGAACUAAUGCUAAUUUCUUCAUCAAAAAGAUUGCCCAGUUAUUGCCCUUCUCUCUUCUCUGUUCAUAAAAACAGUGAGCUUUAGUCUACUGCUUCUUUUACCAUAAAUGCUGUAAAGCAACUGGAUUUUGCAAGUUUUAUUUCUUGCUUGGUUUACAGUGUCAUCUAUAUUUAUUGGUCCUCCAUUUUUUGGCCUGUUUAUAAAUGUACAAACAAAAAGUUAAAACCGGUAUCUUCCUAUAGAGGAUAAAAAUAACUGGUAAAAUCAUCACAAACAUAAAGUCAUAUGGAAAUGAACGAAACAGAUCGACUCAGUUGGCCUUACUGGCAUUUUCCUGGGACCACUUACCCCAUAAAAACAAAUAACUGAGUCUGAAUUGUGAAUCACACAUUUUGACUUGUUCUUUGGAAAAACAUGUAUUUGUAUUUGGAAGUGGGUGCCUUCCAUUGUCAUAAGAUGAAUAAAAAAUUUCCAAUAUUUCUAAAAUGUUAACAGUGAUCAAGCUAACUUUGUUUGCCAACGAGAAAUCCAAGAUGAAUGAUUUGGAAAAGAUACUCAUUUGAAAAAAUGAUAAAAAAUAUAAAAUAAUAUGUGAGUUUUCACUUUGAAAUUUCUGCAUAGAGCUAUUUGUUUUAGUGUUGUCCCUUCAGCCUCUGCAGCCAGUGUUUUAAUGAGAUGCUAUCAAAUAAAUUCUAUAGGACAAAAAUUA